AUGGCUACGGGACAAGGCAGAGAUCCCAAUCUUGGAGGCCCCGCUGAUCAUAGAACCCAGGAAGAAGAUGCUGCCUUGUGGACUGAGGUCCGCAAACUCCACCGCAAUGGUUUCGUUGAUCUAGUGACCGAGGAAUCGCGAUAUCUCCCACGGUGGCCAUAUCGAUUCGCAAGAGCCGUGGGGCUUCGAAAACGACGUACUUUGCCCGACCACGAAUAUGGCUACCGAGUUAACCUGGCCGACAUGCAUCGAAUGCAGAUGAGAUUCCUACAAACCAAACUCCUCCACAGUGCGAUCAAACUCCAUUUCAACCUGGACAAUGGGGCCGGCGAGAUCUCCAGGAGCUUGGAAUCUCAUUUUCGAAAAUACGUCCAAGCAAUCCAAGACCACGAAUUCAUGACCAAGUAUUCCGGCCACGAGAACGAUCCGUUCAUAGUAUCCAGCGAGCGUCGCCAUGACGAGCAUCUUCUGUCGUACUUCAUAGGCGGUUAUGGGAAGUCGACCAGGGACCUGGAGGCGCUCAAAGAACACGCAAUUCCGACUGGACCGUGGGAGAAAAAUAGUAAAUAUGGAGUACGGCCCAUCGGGGCCACGCGAAGCCAUAUUCGAAAGAAGGGACUUUGGUCAAGGAUCGUCGGGGCCUUUGUGGGCGGUGCCUUUCUAGUGGCACCCAUGUGGCUGCUGGCUCUCAGGCAAGAGCUCUACUUGCAGCUGGGAAUAACGACGGGUUGCGUGUCUAUCUUUGGGCUGCUUGCGGCGUGGUAUCUCAGUAGCUUGGAGGCUGUCUUCACGGCGUGUAUCGCAUACGCAGCCGUUCUCAUGGUUUUUGUCGGUGCCAUGAUCCAGAACAAAGGGGGAGACUGA